AUCACCAUAGAAAAUAUCGUAUCAAGAAUGUUGUUAAUUUUUCUUUGCCUUCUCUUUUAAGAUUUUGUUUACUUGAUUGAUUUUGUCUGCUAAAUCAUAGCAAUCUUGCUGGAUUUGUUCAUGGACGCCAUAGAAGGAUUAUCAUCAUCUUCACUAAUCUGACGGACUCUGCAAAUUCCACUUCAAAUUCAUUUCAAGGGUAAGAAUUUCCCACCUUUCUCUCUACAUCUACAAUAGACUAAAGAAAAAUGCAAAACUCGUAUCUGCUCUCUUCAAUUUCAUCCCUUAGUUGCAGAAGAAGAAAACCCAUGUCCUUUCAAUUCGAUGAUUACAUUUUGAACGAUAGCUAUGUUAGAUGCACUCUAUGUAUACAGUCAUGCUGUUCGUGUUGUCUGAAUUCUGUCUACAGAAGGCCAAUUCACCCCCACUUUAACAAUGGGUUGAGGCAAUCUAAUCUAAUUCAUUUGUCAGCUUCAAGAAAUCUGACAUUAUGUAGUUUAGAUCGGUGCUGUGGCUCUGUUUGUCGUCUUAAAGGUGAGAGAAGAGUUAGGGGAAUGGUUUCUAAUGGAAAAGGAAGAAGAAAAUCUUCUCACCAUACUUGUGAUGCCGAUGUGAUUCUCAGUUUGUUAACCGAAGAAGAAGAAGAAGAAGAUGAGUGUUUUGAUUCUAGAGCGAAAAAUUCUGGAGGGGUGGAUAAGGUGGAGAAGAGAGUAAAUAGAAAUUCGGGUAUUAUGAAAUCCAUUGAAUCAAACCAAUGGAAGAACAACAAUGUUGAACAGGCAACAGAAGAAAGGUCUGUCAAUGAAUCAUCUGCAGAAUUCAAAAGGGAAUCAGAAAAAAAUGGAGAAGAGCUGCAGAGGAGACAAAGAACAACCAUGGGAUCACAAUCAGAUGUCAUGGUUUCUGAUGGGAGAAGAAACAAGUCUGAAAAGAAACUUACGGUCCAAGAAGACCAAAAAUCAUCACAGAAGCAUUUGAAAUCGACAGACAUCUUCUAUAGAGGGCAUGUUCAAGUUAAUAAUAUCAACAGAAAGGAGAAACAUUUGACUGAAAGAACUGAUUUAAGCGAAUCCACAAAAAGUUCUUGUGAAGGAACUUCAAAACAUGCCUCAAAUCAUCAAGAUUCUUUGACUUUACUAUCUGAGAUGGAAGAUAAGCUAAGAACAGAAGAGAUAAUGGCUUCCUCAGUAAUACAUAAUUUCGAGAGAAAUGAUAAUUCUGUAACUCAAGACAAUUCAAUUGGUUCUGUCAAUCGAUUACACAGGUCAUCCGUGCAAUUUAUCGAUCAAGUUUCGAGUUCCCAAAUCAGAAAGGAGAAAGUGGUGGAAAUGGUGUCAGUUCAUGAAGGUGAAAAAUGUGACGGUGAAUUAAGAAGCUCGUCUCAGAUUUCCAGGAAAAUGGGAGCUGCUGAUGAAUUGGAGUCAGAUUCUGAAAACCAUAACUUGAUGAAGAAACCAAAUAAAAAUGUGAAGAAGAAGAAGCCAGAAAGUGUCCAAAAUCCAUCAAAACAUCCCAUUCAAACUGGAGAAGUAUCCGUGGACAAAACUGUGGUGGAAAAUGGUGUUGACAAGAAUGCUCCAAUUUCAACCGUUUCUUCAUUUUCUAGUGAAAUGAAUUCUCUAGUAAAUGGGAACCGGGUAAGCCACGCGAGUAAAGAAAGUAAUCCUGGUUUGAAAACCAAUGAAUUCGAGCAAGAAAGAUUCGAAAAAUGGGAAGUGGCCUAUAAUAUUGAGAGUGAGCAACAUAAGAUUGAUGAGAUGUUUAUGAAGGAAGCAAUCUUAGAGGCAAAGAAGGCGGCUGACAUGUGGGAGGUUCCUGUCGGGGCAGUGCUUGUACAACAAGGAAAAAUAAUUGCUCGUGGCUGCAACUUAGUGGAGGAGUUGAGGGAUUCAACUGCACACGCAGAAAUGAUUUGCAUACGAGAAGCUUCAAAUCUUCUUCGCACAUGGAGAUUGGCUGAAACAACACUAUAUGUGACACUUGAACCUUGUCCAAUGUGUGCUGGUGCAAUACUUCAAGCUAGAAUUGGCACUGUUGUAUGGGGAGCUCCUAAUAAGCUUCUAGGAGCUGAUGGAAGUUGGAUUAGGCUCUUUCCAAGUAAUGGUGAAGAUGAAAAUGGUCUGGUGGGAGCAAAUGAUAAGGCGACGGCUCCAGUUCAUCCUUUUCACCCAAAAAUGAGCAUCAGAAGAGGCGUAUUGGCUGGGGAAUGUGCAGAAGCAAUGCAAAAAUUCUUCCAACUUAGAAGAAAGAAGAAGGAACACAAACCCAAGCAGGAGGAAGUUGAAGCUGAGACUGUUUCACAUCGUUGUUCAUCAAAGUUCUUGACCAAGAUUCGCGGUGCAUUCUCCUUGUAAAGGGAUGAUAGUCUUUGUGAGUAUAUCCAGAUUUAGUUUUUUUCCCAUAAUCCUAGUUAGUUAGCAUAUGGGAAAUCAUAUAUAUUUGGAGCAAGCAUUAGCAAAACAUAGAGAACUUGAAGCUGUCCAAGCUUAUUAUAAAAAAUUUCAAGUUUUUCAUGUCAA